AAACAUUCGAAGGGAAGCAUGCGUCGCGUGUUACUCGACCGCGUCAGUACAUCUAACCUCUCCUACCUGUGCACGCUUUUCUUCAACGGCUCUGCCAUUCUGGUCCCUUCGUCGUCCGCCGUAGCCUGUGCGAUUCCCACCGGUCGUUCCUUCAUUUUUCCGUGGAUCUCCUUCACACGAUACUCCGCUUUUCGACGCGUGCCACUCGACCACCUCGCCUGUCACGAGACCAAUGUUUUCCCCCCGUUUCCGCGGAUAUCUCGAAAAGUAUCGAUUUUUCGCGAAUUCAAAAUCGUCCCGCUUGUGCCGCGUGCUUCUCGAACCCGUCUCGAAGACGAGGCGAGAGGUCAUCGGGCACUUGGAAAUUCAUCUCGCCCCUUUUUCGGAGUCGAGUGGGUGGUAAACAAGGACUUCCGGUGUUAUAUUGUAAACAUGUCAUUCUUUAUUGUGUCUUCGGAGCGUGCGACAGCCAACGAGCGUAAAAAGGAUCGUCAUUGAGAGAGAGAGAGAGAAAAAGAGAAAGAGAAAAAGAAAGAGAGAGAUAGAGAGAGAAAGAGAGAAACACAGGUGCGUACCAACGCAGCCGUCCCAAGGGGGAAUGCUCGAAAACAUUCAGACAGAAUUCGCAGACAAACGUGGAACGCUGCAUCGGUGGUAAUAAGUGUGCAGUGAUCAGGGGUGACCGAGGGAAGACGGGAAAGAGGGUGGUCAAUAUGACUCCUAUUUUCCUCGUCCUGUUGGUGGCACUCGACCCGAUUGUCGCGCAGAAUGUUGGGAACAUCAGCGACACGCAGUACAUCACAUACAUGACAAGUCCACCGACGAUCCUGGUGAGGCCGCAAUCGCAGCAGGUGAAGGCGGGAGGGAUUGCGAGUUUCUACUGCACGGCGCAGGGAGCGCCGCCGCCCCAGAUCCACUGGAGGAAGAACGGAAAGAAAGUUACCCAGGCUCAGGCACGCUACCUGGUGCAGAACUAUGAAAACGGAGCUUUAUUGCGGAUCGAACCUGUCAAAGCGAUCCGCGACAGCACCCAGUUCGAGUGUCUAGCCGAGAAUGGAGUCGGGGACGCGGUGUCAGCCGAGGCGCAGCUCAAAGUCUACGAAGGAGACAAACUACCAAACGGAUUCCCACUGAUAUCCCAAGCGCCGAUAACCAAGGUGGUAGAAACCGGUCACAACGCGGUCCUCCUCUGCACGGCGUUCGGUUCGCCGACCCCCAUUAUAUCCUGGGUACGAGACAUGCUGCCUAUCGAUACUGCGAACCCGCGCUACACGGUUUUGGACACCGGAGCGCUGCAAAUCACCAGAUCCGAGGAGAGGGAUCAAGGGACGUACGAAUGCGUGGCGAAUAACUCCGUCGGCACCGAGUAUUCCAAGUCGGCCAUGUUAUACGUGAAAGUUCGCCGCGUGCCACCGGCAUUCUCCAUACCACCCCCCGCUGUCAGCGAAGUGGUGUUGGGCGCGUCUCUGAACCUGACCUGCGUGGCGGCUGGCUCGCCGAUGCCCUUCGUCAAGUGGAAGAAAGACCCCGCCACCGAUCUGACGCCCGACGACGAUCUCCCGGUGGGGAAGAACGUGUUGAUGCUCACGGACAUCCAGGAGUCGGCGAACUACACCUGCACCGCAGCCAGUGACCUCGGGGUGAUAGAAGUCACCUCGUUGGUGAAAGUUCAAUCUCUGCCGAGUCCGCCGGAAAACGUUCAAGUUUCGGACAUCACCGCGACUUCCGUGAAGCUUACCUGGUCGUACAAAGGGUCCGACGAGUUGCAGUACUAUGUGAUCCAGCACAAGCCGAAGCACGUGAACCAGGCGUACGCCGAGAUAUCCGGAAUCACGACCAUGUACUAUCAUGUUCGGAAUCUGAGCCCUUACACGGAGUACGAGCUCUACGUGAUCGCCGUCAACGUGAUUGGGCGUAGCCCGCCGAGCGCCCCGGUGACAGUCACCACUGGCGAGACAACGGAAUCGACAAAUGGAGGUGCCAAACCCGGUACUGCGCCGAGGAAGGUCCAGGUCCGACCAUUAAGCUCCACCACGAUGGUCAUACAAUGGGACGAGCCGGAGACACCGAACGGUCAAGUCACGGGUUACAAAGUGUACUACACGACGAAUCCGAACGAGCCGAUGGCGUCCUGGCAUUACCAGACAGUGGACAACAACCAGCUGACCACCGUCGGCGAUCUGACGGCGCACGCGAUCUACACGAUCCGCGUGCAGGCGCUGACCAGCGUCGGACCUGGCCCGCUGAGUUCUCCCGUGCAAAUAAAAACGCAGCAAGGGGUGCCGAGCCAGCCGGAGAUGUUGACGGCGAUCGAAACCGGGGAGACCAAAAUAACGCUCCAAUGGAGUAAACCUGUUCAUAGCGCGGAGAAUAUCCUCAGCUAUGAACUGUAUUGGAACGAUACUUACGCUCAGGAAAAGCAUCAUCGGCGAAUACCGGUGACGGAGAACUACACGCUGACGGGUCUGUACCCUAACACGCUGUACUACGUGUGGCUGGCGGCGAGGAGCCAGAGGGGCGAGGGAGCAACGACGAUGCCGUGUCCGGUCCGCACGAAACAGUACGUCCCCGGGGCUCCGCCUCGCAAUGUAAGCGGACAAGCGAUCAGCCCGACGUCCAUAUUGGUAACAUGGGAACCCCCGCCUGCCGGUCAAUCGAACGGGAAGAUCGUGUACUACAAGCUGCAAGUCGUCGAGAGCGGACGCUCCGACUCGGAGGCGAAGGUUAUCAGACUGAAUGACACGCAAUUCGUGUUGGACGAACUGAAAAAAUGGACCGAGUACCGGAUUUGGGUAUUGGCCGGGACCACCGUAGGUGACGGACCCCCGAGUUAUCCUAUCUCAGUCAGAACCCACGAGGACGUUCCGGGAGAUCCUCAAGACGUGAAAGUAUCGCCGUUGAAUUCGACCGCGAUACACGUCGAAUGGAAACCGCCGAAAUCGAAAGAGCAGAACGGAGUGAUACGCGGUUAUCAUAUACACGUGCAGGAAGUGAGGGAAGAGGGGAAGGAUCUCCUGAACGAACCGAUACGGCGCGACGUGCACGACGACGGCGUGCUCGAAGUAAAUAUUACCGGUUUGCAACCGGACACGAGGUACUCGGUCCAAGUGGCGGCGCUGACGAGAAAAGGGGACGGCGACCGUUCGACACCGGUUCACGUCCGAACACCCGGGGGUGUGCCUAACAGGCCUCACGUCAACGUAAAAGUAUUGUCCAGAGAUCCAGUCACGCUCGAGCUGGAUUGGGCGCAACCCACGGAAACCUACGGCAGUUUAUUAGGGUAUAGGAUAAGGUACGGAAUUAAGAAUCAAACGCUCAAAGAGGAAUACAUCGAAGGAACUCGCCAAAGCACCUACAAGAUCACGAAUCUGGAGGAACGAGGAGUGGACUACGAGUUCCGACUCGCCGGGCAGAACGAGAUUGGCUACGGGCAGGAGACUGUUCGGUAUUGGUUCAGUCCCGAAGGAGAACCCACCGGGCCGCCGACGAAUCUGUCCUACUUCUUUCAAACCCCGGACACUGUGUGCGUCACGUGGGACAUGCCGAUCCGCCAGCACAGGAACGGCCGGAUAAUCGGUUACGACGUGCAGUUCAACAAGAAGAACGACCACUCGACGACCAUCGACAGGAACAUCACCAAGACCAGAGCGGUUUUCACGAAUCUGGAGGAGAACACGGAGUACGUGUUCCACGUCAGGGCGCACACGUCCAGAGGUAGUGGCCCGUAUUCCGAGAAGAUCACGAUAAUCACCGAGAAAGACAUCGGCCGCGCGCCGAUGUCCGUAAAGGCGGUGGCCACGUCGGAGACGAGCGUGGAGGUCUGGUGGGAACCGGUGCCUAACCGCGGGAAGAUCCUCGGUUAUGAAAUUUUCUACACAACGACGGCUGUGGAGGACCUGGACGAAUGGAAGAACAAGAGCGUUGGACUCACGGAAUCGACGGACCUGGUGAACCUAGAGAAGUUCACGCAAUACGCGAUCACGGUGGCAGCUAGAUACAAAACCGGAGGUCUAGGUCGACUCAGCGAGAAGGUGACGGUCAAAGUGAAGCCUGAAGACGUGCCGUUGAACCUGAGAGCAGCUGACUCGUCCACUCAUUCCAUGACGCUCUCCUGGACGCCGCCCAUCAAGCUGAACCCCAUGAAGUAUAAGGUUUCGUUCGACGCUAUCAAGGAGUUCGUCGAUUCGCAGGGCAUCACGCAGACCCAGGUUGUCCCUCGCCGAGAGAUUCGGUUGGAACCUUCGGUGACAACUACCACGAUCAACGAAUUGCAACCUUUCACCACGUACAAUGUGAAUGUCAGCGCGAUUCCGCGUGACGGACAGUACAGGCCGCCUACUAAAAUCACCGUGACCACGCAGAUGGCUGCGCCCAAGCCUAUGGUGAAGCCGGAUUUCUAUGGAGUGGUGAACGGGGAAGAGAUUCAGGUGAUCCUGCCGCAAGCCUCCGAGGAGUAUGGACCGAUCUCGCAUUAUUAUUUGAUCGUCGUGCCCGAAGACAAGUCGACGGCUGACAAGCAACCGGAUGAGCUGACGGAGGACAUGAUCACAGAUAAGGGCGCUAAGGAGGAGAGAGAGAAUGCUCCGUAUAUCGCAGCUAAAUUCCCGCAUAGAGAUAUACCGUACACGUUCCUAUUGGGUAGCGGAGAUGUAUACAAGGGCUACGAGAACCGGAAGUUGGAGAAGACCAAGCGGUACCGAAUUUUCGUGCGUGCUGUCGUCGAUACGCCGCGGAAGCAUCUGUACACUUCGUCGCCUUUCUCGGAGUAUCUGUCGCUCGAUAUGAGGGAAGUUCCUCCCGGAGAGCCACCCCGACGACCAAACCCCAACACUCCGGUGGACGGAAAUCCGGAGGUUUCGGUGAAAACGAGCGGCCAGGAGUCCGGUAUGGUGUGGAUAGUUGGACCAACGAUAGCGGUGUUGAUGGUCAGCGUGUUCCUCAUUCUCCUGUUUGUUAUUAAGAAGCGAAGGCAGCCGUGCAAAGCACCCGAUCAAGCGGCAGUGACGAGACCGUUAAUGGCCGCGGACAUCAGCUCGAACCACGCGCCGUCCGACCCGGUCGAGAUGCGACGUUUGAUCUUCAAGACGCCCGCGAUGAUCUCGCACCCGCCGAUCGACAUCAGCGACCUGGGCAAUCACAUCGAGUCACUAAAAGCGAACGACAAUCUGAAGUUCAGCCAGGAAUACGAAUCGAUAGAGCCCGGCCAACAGUUCACAUGGGACCACUCGAACAUGGAGGUGAACGUAUCGAAGAAUCGUUACGCGAACGUGAUCGCCUACGACCACUCCAGAGUGAUACUUCAAACGAUCGACGGAAUGUCGGGCACGGACUACAUAAACGCGAACUACUGCGACGGUUACAGGAAACAGAACGCCUACGUAGCGACACAGGGCCCGCUCCAGGAGACUUUCGGCGAUUUCUGGCGAAUGUGCUGGGAACUAAGGUCCUGCACGAUCGUGAUGAUGACCAAGCUCGAGGAAAGGACCAGAAUAAAGUGCGACCAGUACUGGCCGAGCAGAGGAUCGGAGACAUACGGUUUAAUGACAGUGACCAUCACCGACGUCCAAGAACUAGCCACCUAUUGCAUCCGAUCGUUCCAAGUGUCUCGAGCCGGAUACUCCGACAGACGCGAGAUCAAGCAGCUCCAGUUCACUGCCUGGCCCGAUCAUGGCGUACCCGAGCACCCGGCACCGUUCCUGCAAUUCCUCCGUCGCGUGAAAUCCUUGAAUCCCUCCGACAGCGGCCCCCUGAUCGUCCACUGCAGUGCCGGCGUCGGUAGAACCGGUUGCUUCAUCGUGAUCGACUCGAUGCUGGAGAGGAUCAAACACGAGAAGAUGAUCGAUAUCUACGGCCACGUGACCUGUCUACGCGCACAGAGGAACUACAUGGUGCAGACCGAGGAUCAGUACAUAUUCAUACACGACGCUCUCUACGAGGCAGUCAUCUGCGGCAACACCGAAGUGCCUGCCAGGAACCUCCACUCUCACAUCCAAAAGCUCAUGCAGCCGGAGAUCGAUAACAUAACCGGCAUGGAACUGGAGUUCAAGAAACUUUCCAACAUCAAGGUGGACUCGUCGCGGUUCAUAUCGGCGAACCUGCCGUGCAACAAACACAAGAACAGGCUGGUGCACAUACUGCCCUACGAGUGCACCAGAGUCUGCCUGCAACCUCAGCGCAACAUCGAGGGAUCCGACUACAUAAACGCCAGCUUGAUCGACGGAUACCGCUACCGAGGUGCUUACAUAGCGACCCAAGGCCCGCUCUGCGAUACCACGGACGACUUCUGGCGGAUGCUGUGGGAGCACAACUCCACGAUCGUGGUGAUGCUGACGAAACUGAAGGAGAUGGGCAGGGAGAAGUGCCAUCAGUACUGGCCGUCCGACAGAUCGAUCCGUUAUCAGUGCUUCGUCGUCGAUCCCAUCGCGGAGUACAACAUGCCGCAGUACAUCCUGCGAGAGUUCAAAGUGACGGACGCUCGCGACGGAGCCAGUCGCACUGUUAGGCAGUUCCAGUUUAUUGAUUGGCCGGAGCAAGGCGUGCCGAAGUCCGGCGACGGGUUCAUCGACUUCAUCGGGCAGGUGCACAAAACUAAGGAGCAGUUCGGACAAGACGGGCCCAUCACGGUGCACUGCAGCGCUGGCGUAGGUCGGACGGGUGUCUUCAUCACCCUCAGCAUCGUGCUGGAGCGCAUGCAGUACGAAGGAGUCGUCGACAUCUUCCAGACGGUCAGAAUAUUGCGGACGCAACGCCCUGCGAUGGUCCAGACCGAGGACCAGUAUCAGUUCUGCUAUCGUGCCAGUUUGGAAUACUUAGGUUCGUUCGAUCACUACGCCAACUGACAAGCCGAUACACGCGAGGAGAGGGAAUCGACGAGAGACCGCAGGGAUCGACAGAGGAACGAGAGAGAGAUGGGUGAAAGGGCGAAAAUACGACGCGUCUAGUACAAUGAAGUACUCGAGAAGUAUGUAAAGCGAGGCCGGGAGUGUGUAGUCUAUACAAAUGAUUCCGGGGCAUAACGUACCAUACUCCUACCUUCCAAGGACAAAUACAAGUAGAAAGGCGAUAACUUACUAUCUUCUUGGGCAACUAACGUAGCAGCAAAGUAUCUUAGUCAAUGGUGUUGCAGAAGUCUCGGGCAUGCGGAGGACGUAUAUAUAUUUUUUUUUUUCAUUUUCUCUCACGGCACAGUCGUGUGCCGGACACGAUUUUGUCCAGAGCUCCCGAUCGAAUUAGCCGGGACAAGACUGCCGUUUAGAAUGUACGGCUCGUAAACGUAGAAACAAUCAUAUCCUUAGAAAUAUUCUUUCCUGGAGUUUCCUUUUUACCGGUUGCGAAGCAAAAAUUCCACGGAGAUGCGAACAGAAAACCAGAUGAAAAAAAAGAGAGAGAGUGAAGACAGAGCAAGCGCGUUUUCGAACGUGAAGAUCGAUCGUGAUUCAACGAGGAUCAAUGGAAAGAGGCAAAACGAAAACGAAUAAUCGUAAUCGAAGAGUUCGAUCGUUGAAACAUAUCCGACUCGCCGUUGCACGAGCCAACUUGCGAUUACUCGGCUUUUUCCGAGUCGCUCGAAAACUAUGGUUGCUCAGCGGAGCUAAAGUCUGACGAGGAUCGUCGCCGCGAUCGUCUGCCACGCAAUCGAACCGUUUUAACACGCGCGACACUUCGUGACAAUUUACGAAAAGAAACACAUCAAAAAGUUCAAACUUUCCUAUACACCCCCUACGUUGGAAUAAAAAGUGCUUCCAUUUUUGUGGGAAAAGAAAAAGAGAGAGAAAAGCGCGCGCGGUCGACAGCCGCGCUUCGUCGGGAAUCAACGGGAAGAGAAAUCGAGGGCAGACAGCCGCGUGGCACGUUCGUGUAAAAGUACUUAUCGACGCGACAAAAGGCUAUUCAGGAUCGAGAAUAUUGCAGGUAUCUCCGUAACGAGUAUCGAAGAAAACCAGAAAGAGAACGUAAAUUUCCGCUCACUGACAAGAAAAUUACCGUACUGCCAAAUCGACAAUUAUUCAUGCUGAGCCCAUUACGCACGAUAGGGAUCUUCUCAUUACCUACUGUAAUUUUAAGUAGAUCGUAAGCGAUUGUUUUAAGAUUAGGGUUAUAAGCGAUGCCAUUAGAAGAUGAGGAAUAAAAAGGAACUCGGUUUGAAUGAUGGAAGAGUGAAAGGAAACGGUGCCUAUAUUCAAUUAAAAUUGCACAAAAGGUGUUGUGCAAGUUUCUAUGAAAACUAAUUUAACUAGAAGCACUGUAUGUCGGAUUUGCGUACUGUUCCCCCGAGCCCUCGACACCCCUCGUGUACAAAGUUCCACCGUAGGCUUCUACCUCGACGACUUUUACGAUUUUACCUGGACUGAUGUUCAAACUGAGACCGGCUCGCCCCUGAAACUUCGAUCAUUCCUGGCUCGAUUCACGCCGCAACCACUUCGUUUACUUUUUCGUGCUGGAUAUUAAACUUGUUUGCGAUACAAUUCUACAAUUCCGGAGCGUAGUUUCACAAUCGGAGAAACCCGUGAAGCCCUUAGAAUCAACGAAUCUCGCUAACUAAAUGCACCAAGAUCAUUCCAUCAUCAGGCACAAAACCCGGACGCGCCAAAUCAAUGCCAAAAACGUGUAUCGAGGAACACGCGACCGAUCCCAACGCGCCAUCGCAUCCUUUUUGAUAAACGAUAGAAACUUUCGACGUGUAUUGAUUGUACAAUUGUAAUUCGAAGAGUUACAGAACGGUUCGUAGUCUAUGAAGACAAUAAAGUAUGCGCUCGUUUGUAUAUCUCCUGUAUUUCGAGGAUCUUCAACGGAUUGUUCGGUAUAGAGGCGUUCUAUCCGCGUUUGAUAGGACAGGAACGCGAAAUUCUAUUUACUAAAGUAUGUAAGUAUAUAUACAAUUACGAGUACACCCCCCGCCCAACCCCCCGAUAAGAGGGGGAACGGAUCUUUUUUCAGUUUUUGGCAUUCGUUUGGCUCCGAUCGUUCGAUCGUACAAUAAGACGUCGCUCGUCCAGCAACGAGAGAAAGUCAGUAUUACUUUUUCUAGAUUCGAUUUCGAGCCGUUGAAUCGAGCGUUUAACAUUUUUUCGUUUGAUAGUGGUU